GCCCAGCGCAGCGCUCCUCCCGCGGGCGGGUCCAGGGGCGGUGCUGCCUUCCUCUGCCCUGGGCCCGGCCGCGGUUGCAGGUCCAGGGGCGGUGCUGCCUUCCUCGGCCCUGGGCCCGGCCGCGGUUGCGGGUCCAGGGGCGGUGCUGCCUUCCUCUGCCCUGGGUCCGGCAGCGGUUGCGGGUCCAGGGGCGGUGCUGCCUUCCUCUGCCCUGGGCCCGGCCGCGGUUGCAGGUCCAGGGGCGGUGGUGCUCGUGCUGUGCGGAGGCUCCCGGAGCGGGCACUGUAUGCGUAAGAGGUUCCAAGUCACAUAAGCAUGUCGGCUCAGAUGUUUGAGGGGAAAGGGCAUGCGGCCGUCUACCAGAAGUACCGUUUUGCACCAGGCAAAGAGUUGCAGGAAGCCAUCCUAACCUACGUGCAGGAGAAGAGAACAAGUCCUGCAGAGCUGGUGGUUGACGUUGGCUGUGGGACUGGGCAAGGCACCCGCAUCCUUGCGGAGCACUUCAAGAAGGUGGUGGGAACGGACAUCAGUGAAGCACAGAUUCAGGAAGCCAAGGAUGCCCCUUCCAUGCCAAACAUCUCCUACCUGGUGUGCCCUGCAGAGGAGCUGCCAUUUGAGAAUGCUUCAGUGGACAUCCUGACUUCGUUUACAGCUGCACACUGGUUUGAUAUUGAGAAGUUCAUGAAAGAAGCAAACCGAGUGCUUAAGCCAGGUGGUUGUGUGUCCCUCAGUACCUAUUCUGUGGACAUGAGUGUUUGCUAUGGGAACUGCUCUGAAAAGCUCACCAAGAUCUUCAGGGAGGCCUGGGACAUGAUCUUAAAAUAUGCACACAGUAGGCUAAAAUACGUUGCGGAAGACUACAAAACGAUCUUUGAGGCCUUGCCAUUUCCAGACAAGAAGAGAAUCACUGAUAUCUUUGACAACAUUCCCAUGACAGUUGCUGGUGUGAUUGGUUACAUGGAGUCUGCCUCUCCAUAUCAAGUUUUUCUGAAGAAUGACCCUAAAGCUGCAAAAUCCCUCCUCCAAGAGACUGAAAAGAGGAUGCUGGAAACAAUGGGAGUUUCUUCUCCUGAAACCCCAGUGGAGUUCCGUGUGAGGCACGUCUGUGUGCUGGGAUGCAAGGGGAAAUGAGAAGAAAUCCUUCUGGUCUGGUGCUGGAUGGAAGGAGAAAGUGGGUUGUCUCACUUAAAACCACUGUUAUUCCUUGGGAAGAUUAAUGCUGAUUUUGAUGAUUAGGAGCUGGAAAGCAGACAGAAGUUUAUGCCUGUUCUUGGUUCCUGUUUGCCUUGGUGCUCUGUUCUGUCCAGUCAUGUGCCCUUAGCUCUGUGGAAGGGUCAUAUUUCAGAUUGGUGAUUGGACAUGGUGAGAAGAAUCACAGUAACAGCUACAAAACUUGUUGCAUUUCUUAAUCAAUUAAUAAUUAAAAAAUAUGUAAAAAGAA